ACGCAUGCUAUUUAUAAAGGGGAAAACAGAUGAAAAUGGCGUCCUGUCGAGAGGAUCGUUCGCUGUAAAAAAAUAACAAAAUCUUCAAAUAUUUUAUGACCUAUGCUACAUCCGAUACAAUUAAACAAUAAAUAAGAAUCUAACUUAUUAAUAUUGUCUAAUAGAAUUGAUAUUUUCACAUAAAUUGAACGACAAAGCUUGAAAAACCUGCUAAGAGAGUAAUAAAUGACGAAAGAACUUGUCUAAUGGAAUAAAGUGCUGUGUUGUGGGUUAGUGAGUGUGAUAGUGAACUUAAUAGUUAAUUUUAAAUUUGGGAGUCGAUUGCCAGUAGGCAGACCAGCACGAUUUACUAUGUGCUGGAUAUCCGAUAUAAAUUAAUACGUAAAAUGGAAAAAAACCGUCAUGGCAAACAUAACAAGAAAUCGAAAAGGCGCAAACAGAAAGGCGAUAAAACCUCAUCGAAUAAUUACGUAGGUUUAUCGAAAACCAAAACGAAAUUAGUCGAAUAUUCGGAUGUGAGUUCGGAGGAUCUGUCCGGACCGGAAGCUGGAGAAAUUCAAAGCGGAGAAGAAGAAAUCGUCAGCGAAGAUGGCGAAUUAGAUUUGGACGCCGAUAUGCACAGAAGUAAUCAACAUAGUCGUUACGGUAGAUUAGAAGACGACAUUUACGUUAGAGAAUCGUCACUUAUUUUACAUUCGCCAGUUAGGAGACACCGUUUGGAUCAGACGGCGCUUAUACCGAGAUCGCCGACGCCCCCGAUUUUAGUCAGAGAAAGACAAUUAUCGAUAUCGUCGCGUUCCUCGAGAUCGGGCGACAUGAAAUCGAAAAGAAAAAUGGAGGAAUCGCCAACGGGGCUAGAAUACGUAACGGCCCCCUUGACUUCCCCCACCUUCCGCGAAGACUACGAUAGAAAAAAGAGGAAGAAAAAAGAGAAGAGACACAAAAAGGAUAAGAAGACGAAAAAGAAGAAGAGAAAAUCGAAACACAGAUCGAGAAGUACCAGUUUAGAGAGCGCUGCGAGCGGUUCGGUGAUAUCCGAUUGUAGCUCGUCGAAGAGGACGCCGCCCAGGCAGCCAAUCGAUUUGGGCGAUUGGGAGGAGACGUCGAUUAAGGCGGGUCACCACAAGGUCGUCAUCGAUACCGGCGGAUGUUCGCCGGUAUCGAACGAUAGUAUAGCGUCACCGGAAACGUUCGAAGUUCAAAGUCCGACGCCGCCUUCGGAAACGCCGCCGCCGAAAUAUUCCAGAGAUAUUUCAUCGAGAGAAUUCGCCACUAGGGAAUCCCCGCACACCCCGCCGUUACAUCAUCCCGCAAGGUACAAUCACUUCAUAUCGGACGAACCGAUCCGGAUAAGAGACUCUCCGAUAAUAAUAGACGAUCGUCUGUCGCCCCCCUUGAAAUCCCCCACUUAUAGGGGAGCAACCCCCGACGUCGUGAUACAUUCGCACUACAACAAGCAUCGCUCUUUGACACCCAGCAGCCGGAAACGGAGAAUCGAAAGGGAGAUGCUCCACAGGAAACACAAAAAGGAAAAGGCCAGAUUGAAGGAGAGGAGUCGAUAUUCCAGGAGCAGGAGUCCGGUGUCCCGGAGGAGAUCGAGGUCGUCGAGCUACGGUAGGUCGAGACAUUACGCGACGCCGUCGCCUACUAGGAGGGCCAAGAGACACCGAUCGAGGAGUCCGAGGAAGGAUAAGAGUCCCAGGCAUAGGCACGACAGGAGUCCCUCGCCGCAUUCGGUGAAAUCCUCCCAAUUGAAAAAUAAGAUAACGGACGCUAGUCUGUUCGCCGAAAUGGUGAAGGAUCGCCGGAAGAGGGAGAUGGAGUUGAAGAGGCUCGCCGAACAAUUGGAACAGUCGAACGGCGAUCAGCAAUCGGGCGAUGUCGAUUCGAAUGGCAAAAUUGAAAACAAAGAAAAUUUAACGACGCCGCUACCGAUGGACGUAGUCGACAUUCCUAUACCGGAAACGGAACCGACCAAUUUGAACGACAUCCGAUUACCGGACAAAGAAACCGUCACCGAAAAACCAACGACGCCCCCUACUCCGCCACUGCCGGUGGCGGUACCUAAUACUGCCGCGCCGGCGGCCAUCUCCACCAUAAUAACGACGGGUCCGUCCGCCGUAACGACGCCGGCGCCCCACGCGGACUCCAAACCGCCUACGACGACGACCACCGCCCAAAUGGAAAUCAAAAAACCAAAGAGCGUUACGAAAUUACCGUUACCCCCCGGUAUAGAUCAGACGCAAUUGGAAGCUAUCGUCUCGCCGCCCAGUAGGUCCCCGAGUCCCGUAGCGCCUGCCCAUAUGUCCGCCAAUCGGCCGCCGCCGCCUCCCGUAUACGUCAAAGCCAAAACGCCGCCUCGGAAAAACAUCAAGGAUUUACCGAUGCCCCCCGUGAUACCCGGUACGGAAGAAUUGAGCGGCGAUGAAGAAUUGCCGAGUACGCCGCCGAGGAACCACGUGAAAAAUUCGGAGAAACGGAAAUCGUCGCCGAAGCCGAAAAUGCCGAUGAAACGACCGACAAUAUUGAAAAGAAAAGGAUCCAGAAAUUUCCAGAUGUGCGGUAAAGAUUGGGGCGAGAGGUGCGUCGAUAUGUUCGAGGUUAUAGCGCAGAUAGGCGAAGGUACUUACGGUCAAGUGUACAAAGCCAAAGACGUGCACGCCAACGAACUGGUGGCGUUGAAAAAAGUGAGGUUGGAAAACGAAAAGGAGGGUUUCCCCAUAACGGCUGUCAGAGAAAUAAAAAUCCUCCGGCAAUUGAAUCACAAAAAUAUCGUCAAUUUAAGGGAAAUCGUCACCGACAAACAGGACGCCGUCGAUUUCAGAAAGGAAAAGGGAUCGUUCUAUCUGGUUUUCGAAUACAUGGAUCACGAUCUGAUGGGACUAUUGGAAUCCGGCAUGGUCGAUUUCAACGAAUUGAACAACGCCUGCAUAAUGAAACAACUGUUGGACGGUCUCAAUUAUUGUCACAAGAAGAACUUUUUGCAUCGCGAUAUCAAAUGCAGCAAUAUCUUGAUGAACAACAAGGGCGAAGUGAAAUUGGCCGAUUUCGGUUUGGCUCGACUCUACAACGCCGAAGACAGACAGAGACCUUACACUAACAAGGUGAUCACAUUGUGGUACCGACCGCCCGAACUACUUUUGGGCGAAGAACGUUACGGACCGGCGAUCGAUAUUUGGAGUUGCGGUUGUAUAUUGGGGGAGUUGUUUUUGAAAAAACCCCUAUUUCAGGCCAACGCCGAAAUGAUGCAAUUAGACAGGAUAUCUCGAGUGUGCGGCACCCCGACGCCCGCCGUCUGGCCCUCCGUUAUCAAAUUACCCCUUUUCCAUACGUUGAAGCCGAACAAAUUGCACAGGAGGAGAUUGAGGGAGGAUUUCGUGUUUAUGCCGUCGUCGUCGUUGGAUCUGUUGGAUAAGAUGUUGGAAUUGGAUCCGGAGAAGAGGAUAACGGCAGAAGACGCACUCAAAUCGGCGUGGCUGAGGAAUAUCAAUCCCGAACAAAUAUCGGCGCCGGAAUUACCGACUUGGCAAGAUUGCCACGAAUUGUGGAGCAAAAAACGCAAACGUCAAAUACGUGAACAGGCGGAGGCGAUGCAAAAUCUACCGCCGGGCAAACCGUCUCUUAUGGGGAGGCCGGAAAAGAUUAUGUCCGGCGGCGGCGGUAUGGGAGGCGGUAAAAACGACGAUAAUUUGGACGGCGGAGGAUCGUCUAAAAAUUUAAAAAUGGAAGCUUACGACGCCGCCGUCUUAUCCUACGCUUUAGCUUCUGCGUCUUUCAGAGAAAAAGUUCCCGGUAUAGUCGGAAUGUCCUCGUUGCCACAUAGAGCAAUAGACGAUUCUCUGACGCCGCCCAGAGAGGGCGAAAACGACGUCGAAGACGGUCGCAAUUAUUUAUAUCAAUUGCUUUACAAUUUAGAACAGAUGUUGCUUAAUAGAAGCGUCGUACAUUUAUCCCAUUUAAUGGAAUUGUGUUCGACGAAAAAUUCUCAGAACGACGCGCAAAUCGGCGCCCAAUUAGACGCACUUUUGAACGAAUUGAGACAAAUUUGCAAAAAUAACCCAGGUUCUAUUCACCUUUUGCAACUGCAGCACGAAGAUGAAUCUUCAAAAAAUUUGACUUUGAAUACGGAAAUUGUUUGUCGUACGGUGUCGGAUUUGUUCAAACAGUUCGGUUUGACGAAAGGAGCUAACGUUAUGAAAAAAAUAUUCAUGUCGAGCUGAAAUUGGGCCUUAAAUGUAUAGAUUUUUAUAUUAAAUUUUGUAAAUUUGACGAUUAAUUUACGUUUAUUUGCUAAUUUACUCGGAUAUGUAAUGUAAAAAAGUUUGAAUUAUAUCCUAAAAAUAAUCAAAA